AGAUAAGAAUAAGUAAAUCGCAUACAAAAAAUCAAUAUAUGUCGUUUUCAUAUCGUGUUAUACAGAGAUAUUAGAAAAAUGAAAGAAGCUAUAUAAGUAGUAGAGAGCUGGCAAAUUAAUAGUGUGUGAUCUUCCAAUUAUGGGGGCGGAGAGAUUUUUGGGGUGCAGGGUUGAUCGGAAGAGUGGCGAGGACGAAGAUGAUGAUUUUAGUUUGGAAGGAUUUCAUCAAGACUUGGAUGAUGAGCAAGAGGAUUCAAUUUCCGACGACGACUGUGGCGGCGAGGCGGAGGAGCGCAGAAUAUACUGGGAAUCACAACACUUGUUGCUUCAGGAAAUAGUGGAGCAAUAUAAUGCAGUUGGAAGGAAGGUGAGGGAAGAAAUGAAGAGACAAAUAGAGAUAGCGAGAGAGAGUAGCAGAAGCACAUUAUGCCUACGGCGAGCAGUUGUGAAUCAGCUAUGCAGCAAGGGCCUCAAUGCAGCCCUCUGUUUUUCCCACUGGAAGCCCACUCACAACACUCCAGCAGGUUGAAGGACCCUAACACACCCCCUUGACAUAUAUAACAUGUGUAGGGUGGCACGAGUACAUAGAGGUGAGGGUGAACACACAGGGAAAGAAGAAGCAGAUCGGAUUUGUAGUAGAAGUAGGGUUUAGAGAAGAGUUUAGAAUGGCAAAAGCAAGUGAAGAAUACAAGAAACUAAUAAAGCAAGUUCCGGAGAUGUAUAUAGGGAAGUGGGAGCAUAUGAAGGCCAUCAUCCGCCUGCUGUGUGAAGCCGCCAAGAAAUCGGCAGAGGAGCAGAACAUCCACAUCGGUCCAUGGAGGAACAAGACUUUCAUGCAGAUGAAAUGGUCUCCUUCUUCCUCUUCCUCUUCCUCUUCCUCUUCCAACCACUUGCCACCAACUUUCAAGGUUGCUUAGUUUUUUUCAAUAUAAUGGACCAUAGAUUUUUGUACAAGAGAGUACAUUGUAGUAUGCCUACAAUGGACAUGCUAGUUGCUACACCUACAGUAAACAAGGAAUUUCGAAA